AUGGCCAGACAGAAUCUCACCACAGUGACAGAGUUCAUUCUUGUGGGCUUCACGGAUGACCCCAAACUGGCAGUUCUGCUCUUCUUGGUGUUUCUCAGUUUCUAUCUUGUCACUAUUCUGGGGAAUGUGGGACUGAUUAUUCUAAUCCAAGUGGACGUCCAACUGCACACCCCGAUGUACUUCUUCCUGAGCCACCUCGCCCUGCUGGAUGCCUGCUAUACCUCGGUCAUCACCCCUCAGAUUCUAGCCACACUGGCCACAGACACAACGGUCAUCUCCUACAGCCGCUGUGCUGCCCAGUUCUUUUUCUUCACGCUCUGCGCGGGCACAGAGUGUUACCUGCUGGCAGUGAUGGCUUAUGACCGCUUUGUCGCCAUUAGCAGUCCGCUGCGCUACAAUGUGACUGUGACUCCAGGCACCUGCAGGGGCUUGUUGGCUGCUGCCUACAUCUGUGGGGUGUCGGGACGUACCACAUGUACCUUCACCCUCUCCUUCUGUGAUGACAAUCAGAUCAACUUUUUCUUCUGUGACCUCCCACCCCUGCUGAAAAUUGCCUGCAGCAACAUGACACAAAGUGAGAUUGUCAUUCUCUUUUUUGCAAAAUUCAUGUUCCUGGCCAACGUCAUGAUCAUCCUGAUCUCCUACAUGCUCAUCAUCAGAGCCAUUCUGAGGGUGAAGUCUGCUGGGGCACGAGCCAAGAGCUUCUCCACCUGCACCCCCCACCUCACCACUGUUGUCCUCUUCUUUGGGACACUUGCCUUCAUGUACCAGAGAAGUAACUCAGACAAAUCCCCAGAAGAGGACAAGAUUGUUUCUGUCUUUUACACUGUAAUCAUCCCUAUGCUGAACCCCUUGAUCUACAGUCUGAGGAACAAAGUUGUAAAAGCGGCAUUCAGAAAAGUCAUUGGUAAACUCCAAUUCCCCCCUUUAGGCGAGGGUCCUUCAUCCUGA